AUGCUGUCGCCAGUCCUCAAACAGUCUACUAUACCGCUCAUAGCUGUGUGGGUAGUCUGGGUCGCAGCCGACUUUGAACUCUACAAACUCUACAAUGAAGAUUCCUUGAUUGCCGGGCUCGCCUUGAGUAGCAGCUGCCUGGCAGCAUUAAACACGACCGUCCGUUGCAACGAAACAGCAGUUAGCCUGUUGGGAAGUGGUGCAGAUAUUCAUUACUGGACGACCCCCGAGGUGGAAAACCUCUGCACGUCAGAUUGCGUCUCUUCUCUGAACGGCUGGAAGAGUAAUGUCGAUUCCGUCUGCGCAGAUGAGACCACACUGCAAGCCGGUGUUAUCGUCAAGGCGAGGGCGCUCCCGGUGACCUUUACCUACAAUGCCGAGCUUGUAUGUCUCCAGGACAGCGCUUCCAAUUGGUGUUUCGUCGAGUCGCAGACUUGGCAAGGAAGUGACUACAUUCGCUACAGUCCAGACAUGUGCUUUACCGAUGGCGACGACAACAGCACUGUGGCACCGGAGUGCGAAGACCCGGACUUUGACUUGAGUACCGUGACCAGCGAUAUGGCAGCUUUGACCAACAUAUACAAGAAGGAUCUGUUUUGCAAUGAAUGCUUCUUGGAGGUCUACCGGCAACGUCUGAGGGAUCCUUGGCUCCCCAUUAGCAACUUCACCGACUACUUGAUUGAGCAAUUCGACGAUGUGCAACAAAACUGCUCCACAUCACUGCCGUACAGUACUUCGGCAUCGACGUUGUACGUGGGUACGCCAACGGCAACCACCACCUCUGGUGGCACGGUGACGGGAACAAGCCCUCCCACGACGGCGACUUGCCUAGGCCAGACGAUUGAGCCGGAGCUACCAGAUUGGCUGACUUGUGAUGAUCUAUGCGAUACAUAUAAUAUCUCGACAGGCGACGCUCAGGUGGUCACCGGGGAUCGCAGUUGCUACUUUGAGAAGACUCUUUGCAUUCCCCUCCCGUGCGAGAUCGAUACGGUCUGGGACUGGUCAAGUUGUGACGAGCUUGCUGCCCAAUACUCCAACUCGACUUACAACGUCACCACCAGUCAGUUUCUUAGCUGGAACACCAAUAUCCAGGGUAGCUGCUCUGGAGUUGCUCCAGGCCAGCGCGUAUGUAAAGGUGCACCAGGCGGCACAUUCCCCAAGCCCAAUGUCACCAUCACGGCCCCUGGCGCGACAGGCUCACCAACAUAUUACACAACAGCCACGCCCGCCUACCCAACCCAAAGUGGUACCAUCAGCGCGUGCGGCAACUACUACCUCGUCGUAGCCGGAGAUGACUGCUCGACAGUCGACCAGCGCUUCGGCUUGAAGUUCGAACAGCUGCAAGAUUACAACCCGUACCUGCAAGACGACUGCCUCAACCUGUGGCUCAACUACGCCGUUUGCGUCGCUCCCGUGACGGCCCCGAGCAAGUCGACGGAUGGCACGUGCCCAGUCGGCGUGACGUGUACCGGAAGCGGCUUCGGCGACUGCUGCUCGCCGUACGGCUUCUGCGGGAGCACCAGCGAGUACUGCAACACGGGGGGCAACGGCACCACCGAUACGCCGGACGGCAGUUGUGGGCCGGACCACAACGGCUACACCUGCAUUGCCCCCUUCGGGAGCUGCUGCAGCAUCUAUGGCUACUGCGGCGACGGCUCUGAUUAUUGCGGCGCAGGGAAUUGCUACUCGGGCGCCUGCGACCCGGAUACAGGGGGCCCCUCCAUCAAUGGGGAAUGCGGACCGUUGUUCGCGGGUAAUAAGACAUGUACUGGAACCGCCUUCGGGACAUGUUGCUCUACGUCUGGCUUUUGCGGGAGCACCAGCGACUAUUGCUCAGGGUCCAACUGUUACAGUGGUGCUUGCACGACCUGA